UUUAAGUUUGCACGUGGCUUCGUAUCCCCGCGAAAUGAUUUAGAUUGAUAAUAUAGUUGCAAUUUAAAGAUCAGAAUGUGAAUUUACGACGCACCUCAACCUACAUCGGUGGACCGCAGAUGGCAACGUGCGAGUGAAGUUAAACGGCAACGGCCGAUGAUUCAAGCACAUUGCUUCUAAUUGAAAAGAUCAACAAAUUGAAUCAAACGUCAGAACGAAAAGAAAUCAAAGCAUAAGUGAUACGUGAGAACUGCUGUCAGCUGGUUUGAUAGAUGCAAAUUCGUGGGGUAGCAAUGUCUAAAGCAUAGUGAUGAUUGGAAUGAGUGGUUUUAUCGCUUUGCUGGAAAAAUAAGCAAUUUCUUCGCUUUAAUGUUUACAUUGUAGGAUCAGUCAUUGUUUAUACUGGGAGCUGUGAAGAGUUGUGGUAGAGUAGAGAUGUACGCUAAAGCGGUUUAGCGGAAAGUUCCUCCUGACAUAACCUUUCAUGUUCAAUAAGAGUGCUGAGUGAUUUAAAAGAAAAAACAUUUACCUACACAGUAUUUUAUAUUUCAUCAAAAAAAAGUCUGUUGGCUUGAAGAAAUUUUUAGAAAUUAUAAAAGAUGUAAUAGGGAAAUUGCCAUAUAUAGGAUUCAACUCAGUUCGACAACAAUGCCGUCUAUCAUUACUGUCGCAGCUCGCUUGUAAAUAAAAGGUGUCCAUACCCGCAGCUAGAUUCGUUUGAAAACGAUUUAGCACUGUAAAGUAAACACCACAUCCCAAACGUCGUACAUAGUUUUAAACGAUUAGCUGUGAUAUAUUUUGGCAGCUUGGCACGGUCAGCCGAAAUUCAAGUUCAUUAUGUUCGACCCGGGGGGCGAUAAACGGCUCGGCACAAGUUCUUCAAUGCUAACCGUCACCAGCAGCACCGGUAACAACGCCAGCACCGAGCAAGUCUACGGCAGCGUAAUGUUCCAGGAAUCACCGGAUGCUCACCAGAUCCAAACUGUGGAAAACGAGUUUGCCUUAUUGCAAUCAUUGUUCACCAACUACACACACGAACUGGUGAACGUGUCAUCGACCACGGAAGUCCCCUACACCCCUUACGAACGUCGGCCGGAAACGUACAUCGUUCCGAUCCUGUUUGCACUUAUCUUCGUCGUCGGAGUGCUGGGCAACGGGACGCUUAUCGUCGUUUUUCUGCGACAUCGGGCCAUGCGGAACGUGCCAAACACCUAUAUAUUAUCGUUAGCGUUGGCAGACCUGCUGCUCAUCGUGACUACGGUGCCGUUUACGUCAAUUCUCUACACGCUGGAUUCGUGGCCCUGGGGCAGCCUACUCUGUACUUCAUCCGAGUUCAUCAAAGACGUCUCGAUCGGGGUGUCAGUGUUCACACUCACGGCGCUGUCCGGAGACCGAUUUUUCGCCAUCGUUGAUCCUCUGCGGAAAUUUCACGCCCAUGGUGGCGGCCGAAAGGCGACGAGGAUGACCAUCACCAUCGCAGUGCUAAUAUGGAUACUGGCAAUUGUGUUUGCCCUGCCAGCCAUAGUCGGGACGCACAUCCGGACCGAGAAAGUGAACAAGGACGUCAGUAUCGACUUUUGCUACCCAUUUCCGGGCGAAUGGGGUGUAGAGUAUGCCCGCGGUAUCGUACUGUGUAAGUUCCUGGCCUACUAUGCCGUGCCGCUGUGCAUUAUAGCACUGUUUUACGUCCUGAUAGCACGGCAUUUGAUCCACAGUGCGAAGCAUGUGCCGGGCGAGACGCAAGGAACUGUGCGACAGGUUAAAGCGAGACGGAAAGUUGCCGUUACCGUGCUGGCAUUCGUCGUGAUAUUCGGGAUCUGCUUCCUGCCGUCGCAUCUCUUCAUGCUGUGGUUCUAUUACAAUCCCAAUUCCCAGGAAGAAUAUAAUCACUUUUGGCACGUGCUGCGCAUUGUAGGAUUCUGUCUGUCAUUCGCCAACAGCUGUGCCAAUCCCGUUGCACUGUACUGCGUGAGCGGUGCUUUCCGGAAGCAUUUCAAUAGAUACCUGUUGUGCGACGGAUCAUCAAGUGGUCGCCGGCGCCGUGGUGACAAUCUUGGUCACCGGGAUACUUCACUUACCAGCACAAUGUCAAGGCGAUACCCCAGCAAACGGAUAGGAACACAAUCGAUGCGAAUUAACAUACAAGAAACGACCAUAAUAAUGCUUCCAAACGGUAACAACAACAACAAUAACAGCGGUAACCAUCUAAGCGUUCAUCUGCCGGAUCAAGAUAGGACCGGGUCAACGUAAUACAAUACCAUCUUCACUGACACAAUCAUGAAAAAAAUGCUGGGUGAAGACCAAAGGACCGUUUAAGUACUCCUUGUCUUCACUGUGCUUUUAUUGUUUGAAAGCGAAUAUUACCCUAUUCGAACGUUUAUAGCAGCAUAUAUAAUAUUACAGGCACUUUUGGCCCUUGCAGGCGAAAACCCCAUCAAUCUUUAAAACAGGAUCUGUCACGUGCACAAAUUUUAUUGGGUUGGGACAAGUUAGCUUUCAACCUGGUUGGCCGGUGGAAAGCGAUUCAAAUCAGAUUUUACCCUUGUAUGGAAAUUAAGCGACAGAAGAAAAGUCAGUGAAGAUGGAAGGGAACAACACAACACUCCAACACACACACACAUUGUUGUACUUGUGGUGUACUUUGUCCAGAACUUUUGUGCAGCAAUUAACUGCACCGUUACACAAAUCCACAGACUAAUUGUUCGGCUCUGUUCAGCUCGGAAAAGCAUUUUGCUAUCUCAAGCGCAGCUUUCCUGAUGAAGAAGAAUCAACACAAAAAGCCCAUGCACCAUAAAAAGCACAACAGAGAUAAGGGAAAAUAAUUGGGUCUAAUUAUGCUUUGGUGCACUACACAGCCCAAAAGGACAUCCUUUAAAUUGUUGAAUUCACCAUAUAGAUGUAAAGAAAAGAAAAAAACGCAGCACGCUUCUUGUCACAAAACACAGACCAACACAUUUAGGGUUAUGGACUACAAACGAGCGAGAUUUAGCAGAGUGGAAAACCAGUCGGAAUAGUUUCUUCCCGUCUUUGAGAAUCCUUACGCCAACGUGCACGCCAACGUUGGCAGGUUUGGCAGCUGAUGGUAUAGGUACAUGCAUGUUAGAAUAACAGGGGAAAUGGUUUUUUGAAACUAAAAGAAAAGUACAACUCAUUGGUUAUCUUAAAAAAUUCUCUGUACGGAAUUUCAGCUUAAACGAACACAUUUUUGUG